AUGGCCUCCAUGUCAGAGAACCAAGCUAUGGCGGACGGCCAAAUCGAGCAUCAACUUUUGGACGCUGAGCCAGCUGCCAAUACAAUGGACGAGACUACUACCAGUGAUAACCAACGCCAGCUAGCUGAGCUGGCUCUGAGAUUGUCCGGCGGGGGCACAGACGAGAGUGCCAUGCAAGUUGGCCAGCCCGAGGUGCCACUGCCUGCCAAUGGGGACGCCAACGGGAGUAUUCUCCAAAUAUCGGAUCACAAUGACGACGGAACAACGAAUACCGAAGUCAAUGUCGACAUGCCGUUGGCCGCAACAGAGCUGGUGGAACCAGAACAACAGAACCAGGAAGAGCAUCCCAGCCUUGAGCAAAAUACUACCGAGACCAUCCAGAAAGCACACAAAGUCAUGAUCCUCACACUCCCAUCACCUCCACUUACCGCGCCCCAAGCCGGUGAAAAUGUCACGCACAGGCCCGAGCUUCGAUGGGAGACCCGAGACGGUGCUCCGUUCUACCGCGAGCCCGGCAACGCAACAUCAAACAAUGGCAUUGGCAAUGAGGUCGAGGGUUGGAUGGACGUCUUUUGGAAACCUUCGGGCUACUUUUCUUGGUUCGUACCAACCGAGCAAGAAAAAGAGGUCGAAGAGCAAAUGAGCAAGGCGAUGCUCCUUGGUGACCUUGCACUUUACUCUUCUCCGGCCCUGGAUUACAAUCCCAUGUACCACGAUUUGGUUACAGACCAGAGGUACUACUUCCACAAGCGGCAGCCGGUUUGUGAUCCUGCCAAGGCUGCUGCCUCGGCCGUCCGCGAGACGUACCUACAGAUGGUGAGCGAACUGGGGAACAAGCGACUCCCUGAGCCUUUGGAGGAGGCUCCCACGCUGUCAUUGCCUUCUACGGCAGCAGCUCCGAUUCCCGGCACAUCUUUUGUCUGGCCGCCUACCAAUAUUUCAGGGUCUUCUCCCGAUUCUCGGCUCUAUCCUGAAGCACCCAUAAACCCUCUCGACAACGAAAUCUUAACCCCUCAACAAGACCCUGCCGUCAAAGACGUCGACGAAGCUGCUGUGUAUGGGAUCAAAAGACCGGGACCAGUGACGCCAGAGAGCGCACAGAAACGUGCCAAAACGACCCCGUCAUCACCGACCACACCCGAGGUCAACGUGGAACCACCGCCGACCUUGAUGUUUCCUGUGGCUCCUAGAACUCCCAACGGAAAUCCAAAGGAUGUGACCGCACAACAAUGGGCAUAUAUGCUGGACCUCCACCAGAUCAGGCAGGAGCCCCUCAUCCGCGACGAGCGGCCUGAGAUCGUCUGGAAGGUUUUGUUCGACAAGACCGAGGCUAAGUGGAAGCCCAAGUCCAAGACACAGGCGUCCCCAACGAUCGCAGUAGCUAAAGUAACCACCUCAGGCCGCACGCGACCCGUCGUAGCAGCGCUGAGCUCAGCGGGCGGUAGCCAGGAAAAUCCCAUUUCGCUUGACACGCCAGAGGGCAAAGUCUACACCCCCAGGGUCGGUACUGCCGGCAACCCGAUUACAGUUGAGCUGGGUAUCGCAGAGGAGGACGUGUCGGUCAUCUCACCCGUGAGUUUCUGGACUAGUCCCGCGUCGAGCUCCACGCCAGGCUCUGAACUGUCAUGGCCAAAAACACCCGUCAGGGCUUCUGCUCCCUCGCAGGACCCCUUCGCCGCCAGGGUCACCCGUUCCGCAGACAAGAAAACCGCCACGUCUCUGCGCCGGGACGGUUUCGAGUUUUACCAAACCAAUGACGGGGAGCUGCUUCGGUACCAGAACAUGAUUGAGGACCAGGGAGUGGUUCCGGGGACUCUUCUUCCCGACGGCCGCCAGCCCGACCGGCUUCUUAUCGACAAUUUCCGCAAGGACUCCAAAAAACUAAAGGAAACAACAAGCAACUUCAGCCCGAGGAAGUACACAGUCCACCCGAAGAACACCCCCCUGAACAGCAAAGAGUACUGGGAAAACUGGCUGCAGCACAAGAAUCAGGCCACGCCCACGACCGCCGACUCACACACUGCCGCCGCCAGGCAACGCUGGAUAGACGACGCGCCCAGGAGCUCGAGCCAGCCCGCCCUGCUGCGGGGGUUCCCCAUGGUGGAGAUGGUGAUGUUUGUCCGAGCCAACAACCGCCAGGACGAGGGAAACUGUUACUGGAACGCUCUGUCGCUGCACAUGUACGGCCGGCCGGACUUUGGCGAGCGCGUCAAGCUGGAGCACCUGCGUCACGUCGAGGCCGUGCUCAACACGCCGCAGCACCCGCGGCACGAAGCUUACACCAACGUCAACGCCCGAUUUUUCCAAACUAACGCCGAGGGACUGUCGGGCGGUCCCUUUGUCGCCAACAUGUGGCAGAUCCUGCACCUGCCGGGGUCGUGGACGCCGUCGUGGAUGACGCAGAUCACGGCCGACGUGUACGGCGUCUUUGUCGUCUUGUACACGCUCAAGUGCGAGAAGCGGCUUUUGGUCACCGAGACAACCACGCGCGGAGCCUACAACUCGCGCCACAUCUUCCUGCUCUUUGUCGACGGGAACCACUACCAGCCCAUGAUACCAAACGAAUUCGACCCGUCCGAGUUCCGCUGCCCGCGCCCGUCCAAGGAACUCACCAAGGCUUAUGUGUUCGGCGACUCCAAGCGUUGGGGUGAAGGAGUCACUCAUGGCUGGCGCAACGACGUAUCGUUUGGCAACCGUGUGCCCAUGUCGUUGCCUGUCGACCAUAACAUGGGCGCAACCUAUACUGAUACAGAGCGGCUCCUCAAGGCCGUGGUGGAAGGUGGUACCGGAUCUUGGAAAUCGGAACUAUAA